AUGCGCGUUGGCAAUUGCUACGACGGCCGUUCCACCGAGGCUACCGACGCGCUUGCGGAACGGGCACCCAUAAAGACCGAUGACUUGAAUGGUCACCAAUCCACAUCACUGCUGUCUCGAAGCGGUGCUUCUCGUAGCCCAACCAAGUCCAGCAUGCUCGACAGCCGUCUAGAGCGCGGAUGCAGUUGGCAAGAGAUGCGCGUUGGCAAUUGCUACCGCAGCAUCAUGGACGAGCUCAGCGGUGCCGUGCAAGCACUGGCCAAACGAAGCACCGCGGAUCGUCUUUCGAGACGUGAUGACCACGACCCCACUACGCUAGAUUCUCGCCUCGUUAUGACCCUUGGAGAGCGCGCGGCAGCCUCUCUGGUCGUUCGUGACGACUAUGCGUGCUACUGCCUCUCCCAUCCCAGCGAGUGCUCAUGGCAGGGGCCACCCGUGAUUUGCCCGCCCUCCGUCAGAGACGAUCGCGCCGACACUGCACUCGUGCAUCGCGCCACGAACGCCGCCGUAGAAAGUGGCACCAUCUCUCUGGUGCCUCGCGAUAAUUCGCAGAUCUGUUAUUGCAUCUCGCACCCAAGCGAGUGCGCAUGGCAUGGACCACCCGUGAAUUGCCGCCGCUCCAUCGCAGAGUCCCACCCCUUGUCUCGCAUUGCGGAACAGAUCGAGCUCGAGCGUCGCGCAGACGAGGUGCUUGCCGCUGACACUAGCGCCGAGCCGAAACGAAGACUAGUUCAUCACGGCUACUGUUACCACCAUCCUACUGCUCCAAACUGCGGCGGUCCAGGCAGGCGAGGCCUCGUCGGUGCAACAAGAGUCAUUGACGAUUUGCGCGCAAGGCUCGUCCGACGUCUGCAGCCGGCGUACUGCUCCUGGGAUCCGACAAACGCUGGAUGCCACACUGCGGACCCGCCCAAAGUCUCUGUUCGCUCGGUAGUAAUCGAGGCGCGGCAACGAAUCCCGGUCUACUGCGAGACGCAUCCUACUGCUGAAGGUUGUGGACAUGCCGGUCUCCAAGCCUCUGCAAUGGGGACGCAGCAAUUGAACCCUAUCUACUGCGCGCAGCAUCCUAAAGCUCCAGGUUGCGGACACCCCGGCAAGCGAGACCUGGCUGCAAGAAGCGCCGCCACCAUCCUUCAACGCCAAGAGGAGUACUGCCUAUACUUUCCCCAUGAUCCUGAUUGCCAGCCCAAGGAGCCGCCUGGACACGGUGGAGGUGGAGAGCACCCGCCCAGGCGAGAUCUAGCUAGCGUUGGAGACGAGACUGCCGAGCUGUCGCGACGUCUUGAUCCGCCUACUUUUUGCUCGACGCAUCCAGACGCACCGAAAUGCAAACCGCCGCACAAGCCGCCGCACAAGCGCAGCAGCGGCGAUGGCGCAAAAGCUUCAUUCGACACGAAGGAGGAGGUGGACCGACGCGAUGGACCGGGGCCGUUCUGCCCCAUUCAUUCUAACACGCCCGAAUGUCAGGGAACUAAGCUUCCCCCACGAAAGCGGAGCAACAGCGGCGGCGGCGGCGGCGGCAUCGGCGGCGAUGCAGGAGUGUCGUCACUCCCACAGACACGUCGAGAGGAGCCUUGUGAAUACGGCAAUGAUUGUCCCGACUCGGGCCCAAGCAGACGAAGCAAUAGUGCGAUGCCAAGUGUAGACGUAAGUGCUCGCGAGGUGCAGCACGAGCACAGCAAGCGCGACGAUGCUGCGACGCUAGAGCGACGUCUGCAGAAGGCUCCUUGUCCACCCAAUGACCCUCUCUGCGGCUACGCGUCUCCACCUCCCCCAAAGAGGGGCGUCAGCGACGAGAACGAUGCCGCGACGCUAGAGCGACGUCUUCAAAAAGCUCCCUGCCCACCCAGCGACCCUUUCUGCAAAGGCUCUCCGCCGCGCAAGAGGAGCGACGGCAAGCGCGAUGACGCCGCAACACUAGAGCGACGUCUUCAGCAACUUCCCUGCCCACCCAACGAGCCUCUGUGCAACGGCUCUCCGCCGGGAAAGAGGAGCGACAGCAAGCGCGAUGAUGCCGCGACGCUGGAGCGACGUCUCGCAGCGAAUCCCGCUUGCCUCAAAGAUCCCACUAGCAAUGCCUGUACGGGAAAAAAUCAACCGCCUCGCCGCAGAUCGAGUCGCGAGGUGGA